AUGAUCAGAUUUGGAAUGUGGUUUUACAAGAUAAUAUUUCUAAUUAUAAGGAUUACAAUUUUCUCUCUACACAUGCUAUGAAUAUACUCAAUCAAGCAUAGAAUAUUUGCAAGGCCAUAAUCAUCAAGCUUUAAAUUUUUAAUAUUCUUCAUUUUUGGUAGAAGUGAUUUUGAUUUUUAUUCAUUUUAAUUUUCAAGCAGCUGGAUGGUCUGAAGAAAAAGACUUUGUAAUUUAUGGAAUUUUUGUUAUUUUUAAAGGUUUAAAGGAGGAAGUUAAAGUAGCUUCAGUGAUUGAAUAUUUUAAGAAGAUCGAUUAAUGGACAGGCUUGAUGAGGACACUAAAGAAUGAGAAUAUAAAAUUUUAAGUUUUGAAUAGUCCAUUUUGA